AUGUCUGCUAAUAUUUCGAAGCCUAUUGAAGCUAAGGACUCGGACACGGACAACAACAUUGCCCACUCGCUUUCCUCCAACGAGAAAGUCGAGGGCGUCCACAACGAAAAGAGCUUCCAGCAACAGGUCAGCUCGUCUGACGAAGACCUCGUCACAGGCUCAACCAAGUCUUUUGGUGUGAGAAAGAACGAGCUUUUAUCGGAACAUUUCAAGACUCCAUUGGCCUGUGUGACUCUCUAUCUUUGUUUGUUCUGCAGUGCUUUCAUCUUCACCUUGGACACUCGUAUCAGAAAGGUGCUUACUUCGUAUGCCACCAAUGGCUUUGAUAACCAUUCUCUUUUGUCUACAGUCUCGGUGAUCAGAUCGGUGAUGGCCGCUGCUUCGUUGCCAUUCUUCGCUAGAAUGUCUGAUAUGUAUGGUCGUUGUGAGUUGCUUUUGGUGGCUGUUUUAUUCAAAGCUAUUGGCUCUCUCAUCGAGUCCCAGGCCUAUGAUGUCCAGAGGUACGCCGCUGGUGCAGUCAUUGAUGCCUUUGGCCAGGCAGGUAUCAAGGUGAUGUUGAGAUUGGUGAUGUCCGACAACUCCAAGAUGAACUGGAGACUUUUCGCUAUUUCCAUUGUCACCUGUCCAUACAUCAUCAACACCUGGAUCUCUGGUAACGUUGUGACCUCCUUGACCGACCACUACUCGUGGAAUUACUCUAUUGGUAUGUGGGCUUUCAUCUUCCCCAUCUCUAACAUUCCACUUUUUGUCUGCUUAGUGUGGACCAGACUUAAGUUGAGGAAACAGGAGAACUGGCAGGAACUUUGCAGAGAAGAGAGAGAAUCCUUCACUGAGAUGAAUGCUGCUCUCGAGAAGCUCGAGAACAGAACCCCAGGCGGUAACAAGGGUGUGAAGGCGUUCCUCAUCAAAUGGUAUUACUACUUGAAGCAGUUUUUCUGGGUGUCUGACAUUGCUGGCAUUGUCCUCUUCGUGUUGUGUAUUGGUUUGCUCUUGGUUCCUUUAACUCUUGCUGGUGGUGUCACCACUAAAUGGAAGCAGGCCCACAUCAUUGCUCCUUUGGUAGUCGGUUUCUGCAUGAUUCCCUUCUUCGUCUUGUGGGAACUCAGGUGCGCCAGACACCCUAUCGCUCCAUUCCCUCUUUUGAAGGACCGUGGUGUGCUUGCUGCCAUGACUGUUGGUUUGUUCUACAAGUUUGUCUACUUGAUGCCUCACGACUAUAUGUACCCGGUGUUGCUUGUCGGAAUGAACGCCACCAAGGCUGCUGCCACAAGAAUUGGCUCUUUGAACUCGUUCAUGAUUGCUGUUGUCGGUCCUCUUCUUGGUUUGAUUGUUGUUCGUGUAAGAAGAACCAAAGGUUUCAUCAUUUCGGGUAUUUGCUUCUGGACCAUUGGUACUGGUAUGCUUUACUACUACCGUGGUUCAAACGACGGUGUUCACGACAAGAGAUUUGUUGACGGUGUUAUCGGAGCAAUGAUCAUCUUUGGUUUUGGUUCUGGUUUGUUCGCUCGUACCAUCGAUGUCUCCAUCCAAUCUUGUACUGACCACGAGUACAUGGCCUCAGUCACUGGUGUCUACAUGGCCAUGUUCAAGAUUGGUUCUGCUUUCGGUGACUGUGUUUCUGGUGCCAUGUGGACCCAGAGAAUGUACAAGGAGAUUGUGAAAAAGAUGGAGAUGAUGGGCGUUGACCCUGCUUUGGCCAAACCAGCCUACAAAAAACCAUACGACUUUAUCAAGGAACACAAAUGGGGCACUCCUGCCAGAAAGGCAGUGGUGUGGGCCUACGCUGAUGUUCAGAGACUCUUGUGUAUUGUGGGUCUCUGCUUGUGUGUUCCAAUGUUACUUGCCGGUCUUUGCUUGAGAGACCACAAGUUGCAAAACGUCCAGGCCAUGGAUGCCGAGUGCGGUGGAGAACUUGGACCUAUUGGACAAGCUGAACAAAUCAGAGGUAAGAACUACGUCCAGGUCAACUCGAACGACGAGGACUUGAUCUUCAAGUACUUGAAGAAGGGCUGGGCCAAAAUGAAGGGCACUUCCAAGGCUUAG